AUGAAGUUCCAUCUCAGCCCCAUUCUGCUUCUCGCAGCACCCGCCUUCUGCGCCUCCGAGCCCACCCCAACCGAGUCGAUAUCACUAGCACCCUCCAGAACCAUCCCGACCGCCAACGCAGACCCCAACCUCAACCUCAAUCUCAAUCUGAAUCUCAACCUCAAGCGCUCCCUCGCAACCAUCGCCCCGCCUCCACACUCGAUCAUCACCCAGAUCCCGCCCAGCGCCCUCGCCGAGCUGCUCAUCCCCUCGCGCCGCAGCGCGCUGGCCAGUGACUUCAGCAAGGGCGCCACGCCGGCGUGGUACGGGGCGCUUCCGACGGACGUGAAGCGGUAUAUCUCCUAUGUCAAGGAGGAGAUAGUCAAAGAUGAGGAGACCAAGGGGUCUGGGUCGGUGUUGGCUGGAGAGGAGGGGGUGCGGGAACUGGAGGCGAAGAAAGGUGAUGAUGAGGUCUCGUCGGGGACGAAGACUGGUGGUGGUGGGGGUGGGUUGAAGGGGCGGGGGGGGGACUCGGUGGGGUUGAUGGUUGUGGUGUUGCUUGGGUUGGGGGUCUGGGGCGGUUGGGUUUAG